GCCUCUAAAUUUCCCUUUUUAAGGCUAGUUAGCCAACACUGAUCCCACCUUACAUAAGAGGAAAUUCACAACACCAUUUUCUGUCAAUUGCUUCGUGUCGUGAAAAAUUCGUUUUCUGCACGGUCCGGGACUUCAACUUAGCAAGAUGAUGAUGCAGCGUGCUAACAUUUUGAUGCCAGUUGCCAUUGAGGCGACUUUCCAGUCGCAGCCGCAGCGCGGCAUGGCUACUUUGAAAGCCAUCUCAAUCCGUUUGAAGUCCGUAAAGAACAUUCAGAAAAUUACGCAAUCCAUGAAGAUGGUGUCAGCUGCCAAAUAUUCGCGUGCUGAACGUGAUUUAAAAGCUGCUCGCCCCUAUGGUGUUGGUGCACAACAAUUCUUUGAGAAAACCGAAAUCCAAUCGGAAGAUAAAACUGAGCCAAAGAAGCUGUUGAUUGCCAUGACAUCUGAUCGUGGUCUAUGUGGUGCCGUGCAUACCGGUGUUGCCCGUUAUAUCCGUAACGAACUUGCUAAAGAUGAUUCCCAAACCAAGUUAUUCUGUGUUGGUGACAAGUCGCGUUCCAUUUUGUCACGUACAUAUGGCAAGAACAUUUUGAUGGUUGCCAACGAGGUCGGUCGUCUGCCACCUACCUUCCUUGAUGCUUCAAAAAUUGCUCAUGAAGUGUUAAAGACCGGUUAUGAUUUCACUGAAGGCCAAAUUGUCUACAACAAAUUCAAAUCAGUCGUUUCAUAUCAGUUGUCUACGCUGCCAGUAUACAAUGCACCAACCGUCGAGAAAUCUGAGAAGUUGGCACUUUAUGAUUCACUUGACAGCGAAAUUGUGCAGAGCUACUUGGAAUACUCGCUAGCUUCAUUGAUAUUCUAUACUAUGAAGGAAGGUGCUUGUUCCGAACAAUCUUCCCGUAUGACUGCCAUGGACAACGCGUCCAAGAACGCCGGUGAAAUGAUUGAGAAGCUCACACUCACAUUCAACCGUACCAGACAGGCUGUCAUCACCCGUGAGUUGAUUGAAAUCAUCUCUGGUGCUGCUGCUUUGAAUUAAAAAAUAUAAAACGAUCGAAGUAAUGAAUGGAAAAGUUUCGAAGGAAAUAUUUGUUUUACGUUUUCGAAAUGCGGAAUUUAACAAAAUAGCGAAUUUUUCGCCAUAAGUUAAAAUUUGAAAUAAAAUAUUAUAAACAAAUAAAACUUA